AUGAUGGAUGAACGCACCUAUAGGCAGCUUAAUGGGUACCGAGCAGGUCGAGCAGGAAUGGGCAAACAAGGAGAGGGACAACAACGUGAUCAGCUUGCCGGCAUGUCACAAGCAUCUGCAAGCCACACACAAAGCAACGUGCGAGAAAGACUCGGCCCACGACUUGACGUUUGUGCUCGCCUGGGCCUGCAGGGAAAUGUUCAUGAAAGGCUAGGUUCCCAGGGAGGUCAAACUGACAAUCGCCGCAAUGAGGAUCAUGAAGACAGGCUCUCCGCUACCCGCUCGCAGAGAAAUAUUCACGAAAGGCUAGGCCCCCAAGGAGGUCAACUUGGUAACCCGCACAAUGAGGACCGUGAAGAAAGGCACUCCACUAACCGCUCUCGAAGAACCAAUUCUCAUCGCCAAGUUACAGAAAAUCCCUCGCAAGCACGGUCCACCAACACGCCGCCUAGGCAGCGCAGCCGAGAAGAUCAACCCUUGCAAACCAACGAGGAAGUUACUCGGUCUCGCCCAAAUCGUAAAGGUCAUCAACGUGACCGACUAGCCAUGUGUGCGGAAGACGUUGAGAAGCUUGUGAAUAACCGACUUCAAGACUUAAAGAUUGGUGGAAAUUUCGAAGAUGCACUAUGUGUUGAGGUAGACCGAGCAAACUCAUCACCUUUCACCGUCGAAAUUGAGCAGGCUGCUCCCCCGAAACGAUUCUCAACGCCCUCUUUUACAUGCUUCAAAGGCGAUUCCGAUCCCGAAAGCCAUCUGAAGCAUUUUAAGAGCCUUAUGAUCCUCCGAAGAUGCGCUAAUGUGCAAGGAGCAGCUCAGGACUGGUUCCACACCCUGCCAUUCGGGUCGAUCAGCAGCUUCAAGGAGCUUGCUUAUGUCUACACUAAAGAAUACACUUCUUAUCGGUCAAUCAAGAAGAAUCCUGACCAUCUGUUCAACCUGCACAAGAAGUCCAAUGAAUCCCUGCGAGACAACAUCAAGAGGUUCAAAGCGGAGAGGGCAAAUAUUGUAGGAUGUGAUGACCAAAUUGCGUUCUCUGCCUUCAAGAGGGGGUUGCCAACUGAAUGUGAGCUGUAUCGCGAGCUGACCAUCUAUCCUCGCCAAACACUGGUAGAAGUCUUUGCUAUAGCAAAGCGCUACGCAUUAUGGGACGACGACCGGAUCGCCACGAAGAAGGCUGAUCAAGUAGCUGAGCAGGCAAGCCAAGAGAACGGCAAGCGCAGAUCACAGCUUCAGGAAGGUGCUUCAGCAGCGGAGAGCUACACCAAGUUCACUAUCCCGAUACACCAGAUCUUGGCCCAAGUAAAAGACAUGCCUUGGUUGAAGAAACCAUCGCCUUUAAAGGGAAACCCAACCAAGAAGGAUACCAGUAGAUACUGCACAUUCCAUGAAGGGCAUGGUCAUUACACAAACGACUGCUUCGCUUGGAAAAGGCACCUUGAAGAUCUAGUCAGAGACGGCCAUUGCACGGAAUUCAUCGCAAGGAAGGCUAUCCAACAAAUCAAGGAUUGUGACGCAGCUAACGAUGAACCUCCACGAAAAAGGUCAUAUGGAUCAACACGAUCCUAG